AUGAUGACCGCUAGCAAUCUAAUCGAGCCGGCACGAUUCAAUAUGCCGUCUGGCUGGUCAGCAUCGUUACAACUUAAAGACCUUGAUCGAACUAGUUGUUCGAUCAAAUCUGAAGAAUCAACAUCAACUGAUGAAUUAGAUGAUGAUCAAAACAAUGACGGAGAAGGUGUUUGGAGUCCAGAUAUUGAACAAAGUUUUCAUGAAGCAUUAGCUAUUUAUCCUCCAUGUGGUCGAAGAAAAAUUAUUUUAUCUGAUGAAGGGAAAAUGUUUGGUAGAAAUGAAUUGAUUUCACGUUAUAUUAAAAUGCGUACGGGUAAAUCACGCACAAGAAAACAAGUAUCAUCACACAUUCAAGUUCUUGCCAAACGAAAAUCAAAAGAACUUCAAUCAUUAUUCAAAGAUUCCAAUUUAAAAGAACAACAUCGUCCAUUCAUUAUGAAUCAAUCUUAUCAUCCAUUGCGUGAUACACCGACAGCAUCACCGAUUAUAAAUGAUAGUACCUCACCCUAUUAUACACAUCAUCGAACAGCCGUUUCACUUUUUUCACCAACAACUAAUAUGAAUAUAACACCAGCAUCAUCAUCAUCUCCAUUUAAACCGACGCUCUCACCAUAUUCAUCACCAUCAACAAUCAGCCUUUGGCAACAAUCAGCAACGCCUUAUGUUGAUCCUUUUAUUAGUAUAAAACCAUAUUCUCCAUCAUCGGCAACAACAACUGAUCUUAUACCAACAGCAAGUACAACUAAUUCUUUAACAACACGUUUCAUCAGUUCUAAUCGAUUGAAACUUGUUGAAGUUGCUUCUUAUGUUGAAUAUAAACGUGACAUUGAUCCAAGACAUUAUCUUCUUCAUAUCAGUCAAGAAGCUGGUACUGUUAUGAAACCUGAACGUAUCAAAGUGAGCCAAAUAGUCGAUUUAUUUCCAAUGUUGAAAGAGCUUUAUGACAGAGGGCCACAUGAUGCAUUUUAUGUUGUCAAAGUUUGGGUUAACAUGAAUCAUCAAGAACAUGAUUUUAAUACACAUCAUUAUUCCUCAAUUUUUGAAUGUUCAGAGAAUAAUUUACAUAUUUGUGUAACAACAAAAGCAUGUUCUUUUGGAAAUACUGUUGCUGAAAAAAUCGAAAAUGGUGUUACAAAAUAUAAUGAAAUUAUUGGUAAAUGUAUUCAUCGUUCAAUUGAUACAAGAAUGUGCAGUUUUAUGAUUAAUUUUAUAAAAAAACUUCGAACAGAAGUAGACAUGCGUGACAAGAUGAAUAUUGUACUUGAACAUUUAGGUGUACUUCAAACAGUUAUAUCAAAAGAUACGGAUGAAUUACUUUUAUGUAUUGCAUAUAUUUUUGAAAUAAGCGAAUCGUCAGCAGGAACACAAUCGGCUGCUUAUCGCUUAUGCGAUUAA